UUAUAAUCUAAGAUUUACAUUGUGUAUUUUGAGAAAGAUAUAUACUACUUUUUAUUCAUAGAUUAAUAAAAGUACACACGUCUUUUAUCUUUGUUAUGCGGUUGUCACUAAAUUCGACGGAGGUUUGUUUGAACAUAAAUAUUUUUUUAAUAUCCUACAAUUUGCUUGUCAAGUUUUAGGUAUUUCCGAAGUUAAAUUUAUCCAAUUUUUUUUUUCAAAUUAUUAUCAAUGGUACAAAACAUUAGGAUGUCAGCUGAUAAAAACAAUAUGUUCUAUGUUGAAUGUGCUCAUAUAAAGAGAGUUCAACCUGAGUAUAGUAUUGAUGAAGCUAUAUUAAAAGAGAUCGGUAACAAUUAUCGUACAUUACCGACAUUUGCGAAAAGCGUGUUCGAGCAAGUAUACAUACGACAUUAUUCCUUGAACCGCAAUAAAUUUCUGGCCUGCCGCUGGGAGCAGUACAAGCGACAUAUAGAAGAGAGGACCUAUGCGCCUUUCCAGUUUCCCGACAUCAGAGACCUACACUUCCAUAACGGGACCACAAAAUAUAUGCCUUCCGUAUCACUGCACCGAAUACCAGAAUUCAAAAUGAGAAUGAACUGUGGGCCAGGUGUGGAUUCUUACGGACAAAUGCCCAUACCUCAAGAAUUACUAAUGAAACGCGGUCAAAUUGAAAAAAAAACGAAGCAUAUGCAUAAUAAAAAUAAGAAAAAACAACACAGAAAAGGGUGAAUUGAAAAAAAUACUAUAGAUAUUCGAGUUAUUUCAAAUUGAAUUUUAGCGGGUUUUUUUUUUCUUUAUUAUAACGAAUAGGUAUCAUUUAAUGAUGCUAAGGAAUAUGUUAUGUAAUCAAAGAUAAAGAAUAUGUUACGACUAACAUAUUCUAAAUACAAUUAAUUUA